UGAGAACUUACUCCGUACAUCCCUCAUGUGUCUUGUUCAAGGACCUCAUCAAGCAUUGGGAACAACAACCGUCGAUCUUUCCCUCUUCACAUCAUGAACCUCGCUGGUGCCUAUCGAUAAUGGAGAAGUCUGCGGCCGGCGACCUCUACGAUCCGAGCUCUAUCCCGGAUUACGAUCGAGAAUUUAUCAACGCUGACGAUCUCCGACAGUUUGAGAACGCCCUGAACGACCAGGAUGUCGAUUCACUCAUUGCCCUGAAUGAUUGGCGUCCGAUAUAUCAGCGGGUAGCGCGAAAGGGUCGCAAUCGGAAGAAGAGGCCUUUACGGACGAAGGAUGAGACAAGGGAAGGUGUGCUUUAUACUGUUUUGAAGUGGCCGUUUCUCUUCAUCGUCCUGGGCUGGAUUACCUUUCUCGGAGUCGCUUACACCCUUACUCGAUUUUACAUCUUCAUCUACGAGCAAUGGGUGACGUGGAGAGGGAAGCGGGAGAGCCUUAGGAGACAAUUGUACAAAAAUACCAACUAUGGGGACUGGCUCACAUCCGCUCAAGCUCUAGAUGAGUAUCUUGGGAACGAUAGGUGGAAGAAGACGGACGAAUAUGCCUACUACGACCAUAUGACCAUAAGUAAGCUGAAAACACAACUUGAGAAAGUGAGAAAUGAAGCCGAGAGUGCGAUACGGAGUGGGGGAAACGACUCCAUUGGCUCCGCGGUGAUUGAGGACCUGUGCAACUUGCUGGAAGCGUGUGUCAAGAACAACUUCGCUGGUGUAGAGAAUCCAAGGCUCUACAGUGAAGCCUACUCUGGGACCAAAAACCUUGUGCAGGAAUACAUCGACGAGGUGCAUUCGUGCAUAAAGGUUGUCGCUGACUCUGAUCUAAUCAGCAGACAAGAUAAAUAUCAACACUUUAAGCACUUGGAUACCAAUUUUGGGCGAACUGCUCUCUGUCUUUCAGGAGGGGCCACAUUUGCCUAUUACCAUUUUGGUGUCGUGCGAGCGCUACUAGAUAACCAAGUCCUUCCGGAUAUUAUUACUGGAACUUCAGGAGGCGCCUUGGUUGCUGCAUUGAUUGCCACUAGAACGGACGAGGAGCUGAAACAGCUGCUCGUACCUGCUCUAGCGCAUCGCAUUAGGGCAUGCCAAGAGGAUAUCAUGACAUGGGUUCGAAGGUGGUGGCGCACAGGUGCUCGGUUUGAUACAAUGGAUUGGGCACGCCAGUGCAGCUGGUUUUGCAGAGGUUCAACCACAUUUCGCGAGGCAUACGAGCGGACUGGACGUAUUCUCAACGUAUCUUGUGUACCAUCUGACCCGCAUUCGCCAACAAUCCUGGCGAAUUAUUUGACGUCCCCGAAUUGCGUCAUCUGGAGCGCUGUGCUUGCGUCUGCAGCUGUCCCCGGCAUCCUCAAUCCAGUGGUAUUGAUGACCAAGAAACGGGACGGCACACUUGCACCUUACUCGUUCGGGCAUAGAUGGAAGGAUGGCAGUCUACGGACAGACAUUCCUAUCAAAGCGCUGAACCUCCACUUCAACGUGAAUUUUACAAUCGUUUCCCAGGUAAACCCUCACAUCAAUCUCUUUUUCUUUAGCUCGCGUGGAUCUGUUGGCCGGCCAGUCACCCAUCGAAAAGGCCGAGGUUGGCGGGGCGGCUUCCUAGGAUCUGCAAUCGAGCAGUAUAUCAAGCUAGACAUGAACAAAUGGCUACGAGUCCUACGGCAUCUGGAGCUACUACCCCGGCCAAUGGGUCAAGACUGGAGCCAGAUCUGGUUGCAGAAAUUUAGUGGAACUGUGACCAUCUGGCCCAAGACCAUUCCCUCUGAUUUCUACCAUAUCCUAUCAGACCCCAGCCCUGAACGAUUAGCGCGGAUGCUCCGCACAGGUCAGCAGAGUACCUUCCCAAAGAUCCAAUUUAUCAAGAACCGCCUCAAAAUUGAACUCUCUAUUUUGGAGGGUCUCCAGAAAUUCUCACCGCCAGGAGGCACAUCAUCAACCCCCUCCAAACAGCAUUUCCCACUGGACGACACCGAUGACCCAUCCGAUCCACUGCAAGAUCGUCUUGAUCGGAAUUUGCCCGAGCGCAAGCCUCGUUACCGCAUGAGAGAUGCCCGCCUUAGUGAUACGACUUCUGAUGGGGUCUUAUCUGCAGACUAUAGCUCUACCGACGAUACCGCCCACUUGCGCCCUACCGCUACUCGGCGAGGCAGCGCCUCCACGAUUUUAGAAGAGAUGCGUCGUCAAUCGUCUGUUUUCUUUGACGACCCUGAUCUCUACGGGAUGGAUGAGAAUUGAAAUAUGACAUCAUCACACAUAUACUCUCACAUCCUGAGGCUAUAGAGUUUGGCAUAUGCAUGGCAUGGCAUUCAUGUAUCAUCAGCGCUGUGAUAAUCACCGUGCAGCUGGACCCAGAUUACCUCUUGUAUAGCUAUAGAUUAUAUUUUGGCUGUUCUGAUAAUGUUUAUCAUCGCUGUUUUUGCGUUCCUUGGCUCGAUAGAUGAUGACGAUGACGACGAGGAUCCUUAGCUCGACGACCUAUGUCCCAUCCCAUCCCAUCCCAUCCCAUCCCAUCCCGCCC